AACUUCUUUGUGAAACUGAAGCAAGUUGAGCGAUCGACUGUCCAAUGCUGACGCCAAGCUGCAGCGAGUAGCUGCAGAAAUUUUGAAGCAAGGCGCCCCUCCGCUCUACGGCACUCGCUCAUCUAGGGAUGGGGCAGUACCCCUCAACAGAAUCGCACACUUUCACGCCUAGCGACGCGUUCUUCCUCACCGAGGCGACGCGAACAGGGUCGCUGGAUGUGGUCCGCCUGUUCCUUCGGAAGAACCCAGCGCUAGUAUACGCCAGUCAGGCUGUUGACCACAACACGCCAUGGCAUGUCGCGGCGGCCGCGGGGCACGAGUUAGUGCUGCGGGUGCUGCUGGACACCACGCGUGCAAACGCCGUGUCCAACACCUUUGACCCCCUGACCAAGGUCAUCAACAAGCAGAACGCUAAGGGCCAGACGCCGCUGAUGCUGGCGUGCGGCGGCGGCCACAGCGUGUGUGUGCGGCUGCUGCUGGAGAGCGGGGCGCACCUGCUAGUGGCGGACACGGCGGGACUGUCGGCAUUGCACUACGCAGCCUCCCACAACGGCGCGGACGGCGCGGGCAACGAUUGCGUGGAGCUGCUGCUGUGCCACAUGCAGCUGCAGCUGAGGGCGCAGGGGCCGCAGCAGGCGCCGCCGGCCGUGCACGCAAACGUCAUCCGCAAGUUCGCUGACACGGGUGACUUGUACGGCCGCACGGCACUGCACUACGCGGCCUGGAGCGGCAACACGCGCGCCGCACACGCGCUGUGGGCGGUGGGCGCCGACAUAUGUGCGCGCACGGAGACGGACUGCUACGAUGCCGACCUGCCCUGCAACACGGGCACCACGCCGCUCCACUUCGCCGCCAUGCGCGGCCACCAGGCGGUGGUGGUGCUGCUGCUGGCGGCCUGGCACCGCAUGGUCACAAGGCCGGGGGCGCCGCUGCCGCGGCCCUCCUUCACGCGACUGCCGCUGGCGGGCGCAGCCGGCGGCUCCAGCGCUUCCGUGGCCGCCGCGGCCGGGGACGCAGGCGAGGAGGAUGCGGAGCCGGAGCCGGCGGCGGGCGCUGGGGACGGGGUGGCGGAGGGGAAGGGGAAGGAGCAGAAGGAGAGCAGGGAGGCUGGGCCGGGCGGGAGCGCGGGGGGCGCGUCGGACGGUGCUGAGGUGGGGGAUGCGACGGUGGCUGUGGCCACGUCGGUCCGGGAGGAGGGCGGGAAAGGAGCGGCGGAGCGGAAGGAGGCAGGCUCGGGCGGUGGCGCGGCAGCGCCGGGUGAAGCGGCAGCGGGCGGCGAGGGGGCUUCGGCCGCAGCGGCGGGGGCUAAUGGCAUAAAGGACAGCACGGAGGUCGUGGAGGCAGCAGGGGCCAUUGGUGCAACGCCAGGCGCAGUCUGUGCCGACGCGACCAGCCGCGGGAGUGGUGGCGGUGGCGGACCCACAGGAGCAGCCUUGCUCAUCGCCGGCAGCAGUAGCGCCGGCGGGGCAGCUCCCGCCGCCGCCGCCGCCGCCUCAUCCACGGCACCCCCUCGCCACUCCUCAAAGCAGCGCACGGCGGCGCAGUCGCUGGAGCUGCCGCCGCCUCCCUCGCCGCGCGUGCCGUCCUCCGACCCCCGCCUGAUGGUGGAUGCGUACGGCAUGACGCCGUACAGCAUCGCCUGCAAGCGCCAGCAGGAUCGCGGAUCCAUGCUUAUCGAGCUGUUGGAUCCAGCGACCGACUUUUGCGCGGGCGAGGACCUCGCCGGCGCCGAGGCGGACUCUGCGGGUGCUGCGGGGACCGCAGGGGUCGCGGGGGUUGAGGGUGGAGCGGAGGGCGGGGAUGACAAGGCGUCGCUACUGCCGCGUGCGAGGCUGUCCAGCACAGCCUCCGCGUUCGGGCGUGGGCGGCGCCGCGGCGGCCUGGCGGUGGCCGCUGGCGGUGGCUCGGGCAGCGAUGAUGGCGACGAGGGGGACAGCGAGGAGGACGACGACGACAGCGCGGAUGACUGGGAGGCGGGCGCGGACGGGCCGCUGCUGCUGUGGGAGGGCGUGGAGCUGAUCCAGGGCAUUGCGGCGGACCCGGAAGCCUUCUUCGCGCUACAGCGCUCCGCGCCACUGCUACAGCCGCAGCAGCCCGCCGAGCCGCUGUCGGCAGUAGCAGCCGCAGCCGGCGGCGGCGGGCGGGCCAGUGGCGGAGCGCCCGGGGGUCCUCGCAUGUCUGGCAUGGGCGGUGCAGGCGGGCUUGGCCGCAACGGCGGCGGGGCCGGCGGCAACCGGGCUUCGGUCAUCUCGACCGUGGGUGGGCGCGAGCGGCGACGCAGCAGCGGCAGUGGCGAUGAGUCGACGGCGCUGCUGGAGGGCGCGGACGGCGGCGAGCGAGCGGGGGCGGGCGGGCGCGGCCGGGGCCGGCGGUCCACCAUGACGACGGCGGAGGAGAUGGUGCCGGACUGCUUCCUGUGCCCGCUCACGUGCCGGCUGUUCAAGGACCCCGUGGUGGCGGCUGACGGCGCUACAUACGAGCGUGAGGCUAUUGAGCGCCACCUGCGCCACGUGGCCACCUCACCCCUCACCAAGCAGCGCCUGGCCUCCACCGCCACCUACCCCAACAACGCCCUCAAAGCGGCCAUAGAGCACUGGCAGGCGUCGCAGGCCAUGCAGCAGAUGCUGCUGCUGCAGAGCCACCCGCACCCACGACACCACCAGCAUCGGGGGAGCGGCAGCGGAAGUGGCGGGGGCGGGGGCGGUGAGCCGGCGGCUGGGUUAACUGGCCUGGUCGGCAGGCGGUAGCGGGGUGCGUGUGGGUGAUGAGGUGGAGCCGUGUUGUGGAGGUUACAGACUGCUACAAGGACCGACCAAGCAUGCAUGCAAAGGAGUGGAGCUGGAUGGGCUACACUGCCAGCUAGCUGCAGGAACAGUGUGGUGGGGGCGCCGGGAUGAGGUGUUGGAUGCCGCAUGACACGUUGGCCGAGGGCUCGUGGUAGCCCGCGGGCUGCAUCUUGCGUUGGUGGCCGUGAGUAGGUCAGAUAAGGGACGGAGAGGCCGCGUUUCUUCCUUGCUCAAGUGAGGCAGGACUGGCUGCGUACCUACCCAAACUGAGGGCGCGACGGGAGUUGGACGUUGGACGGCGUUGUGUGUGUUUUGGAUGCAGUCUGGGGGAAGGCAAGCAGCCAAUAAAGUAGGCAAGUAGGGUUAAUCAUACAUUAUGCUAUGGUAAAGCGCAGCAGAAGGUUUCAAGCUUCUUGACAAGCGGGAAGCAAGUAAUGCAAUACGGUAUGCGAGCCGCGAUGAGGUAGGUAGGCAUGACAUUGCUGAAGCGCAACAUGCACCUGUUACUUGAAUACCGUGGUAUGCUCAAGGCAGGCACUAAGCGGAACUAGGUGUGGAUGUUGUUGCACGAGAGCAAUCUCGGUAGCUCGGACAGCUAACACGGUAGGUAGAUGCGACACGUGUGCGUGACUGUGGGUACGAUUAUGUAUGUGUGUGUAGGACCCGGUGCUUGCAACGAGGUUGGCUGGGCUGCUGCUGGUAGGUGUGUUUAAGUCAGCACACAGAUGUCAUCACCCUUGUGCGUGUGAGGUGACAUGAGCCACCGUGACGCUCAUGCUCCAAUUGAAGGCAGCUCGCUCGUCUCCCGCUGCCGCCCGCCGUGCACGCACUGAUGGCGGCAAUCAACCUCCCAUCCCACGCACGCAACUGACACAUGCGGAAGGCGGAGGGAGGCGAGUGAAGCAGACACCAAGGUGCUGACUAACACUGCAUGCCAGGUAUGGAUUAUUAGGUCGGAAGUCCUAACAACAGAAAGUUGGUGAGGGUCCUCGCCUGCCUGCUGUGCGGCGGGAUGCGGACCACGGAACACGCAACCGGCCCGGAUGGUCCCAGAACCGCAAUGUGAUG